UUUUAAUAUACAUUUUUUAUGAAACGAGUUGAAACACUGGCAAGCAAUGACAAGUGAGUUUGCAUUUUGAUACGGCAUAAAAUUUGCAAAUAAUUGAAGAAAUAUUGUAUAAAAACAGAAUAUUUAAAGAAAAAUAACUAAAAAUGGCACGUCGUUAUGAUUCCCGUACCACAAUCUUUUCUCCCGAAGGACGCCUUUAUCAGGUGGAAUAUGCCAUGGAAGCUAUUUCCCAUGCUGGCACAUGUUUGGGUAUUUUAGCUGAAGAUGGCAUCUUAUUGGCUGCAGAAUGCCGCAAUACCAAUAAAUUGUUGGACAGUAGUAUAUUUUCGGAAAAAAUCUACAAAUUAAACGACAAUAUGGUGUGCUCAGUAGCCGGUAUUACAGCAGAUGCUAAUGUUUUGACCAAUGAACUACGUGUUAUAGCACAACGUUAUCAAUUCAGCUACGGCGAGUCUAUGCCCUGCGAACAAUUGGUCUCAUACUUGUGUGACAUCAAACAGGCUUACACCCAGUAUGGUGGUAAACGUCCCUUUGGUGUUUCCAUUUUGUACAUGGGUUGGGACAAACACUACGGCUAUCAAUUGUAUCAAUCAGAUCCCAGUGGAAAUUAUGGUGGCUGGAAGGCCACUUGUAUUGGCAAUAACUUUGGAGCCGCCAUUUCCAUGUUAAAGCAGGAACUUAAUGAAAAUGAGAAAAUUACUUUGGCCCAGGCUAAAGAUUUGGCUGUUAAGGUUUUAAGCAAAACUUUGGACACCACCAAAUUGACAUCGGAGAAGGUUGAGAUGGCUACAUUACAGCGGGUAAACGAUAAAACUGUCAUUAAGAUCCUGAACAAAACCGAUGUUGAACAAUUGAUAGAAAAGUAUACGAAAUUGGAAGCUGAGGCAGAGGCUGCCAAGAAGGAAAAACAAGCUGCUCAAAAGCCUUAAGUUAAAUGGGGAAAUUUGGUUCUUUGUAGUUUAACAAUGCGAAAAAAAUUAUAUUUAGAUUUUUUUUAAAGAAAUAAAAUUUCUGAAAAGUAAAA